AUGAUCAAUUCAGCAAAGGAAAAUGAUGACAUAUCAGGAGAUAAUUCAAAGAAUAAGAAAUUCUCGUAUUCAAAUGGAAGUAAGACCGGUCAAAGUGGUCGACGAAGAAAAUAUUUAGAGUCAGGUGAAGAAGAUUCAAGAUACAUUAUGCUCAACAAUCCUAAAAUAAAGGAAAGAAAUUCAAAUCAACUCGCUAAUAUGGCUAAACAUAAAGAAACAAAUGUCCCAAUAGUUUCUCCCAUAUUUCAACCACAACAUAAAAAUCAAAAACAUGAAAGGGAUUUAAUACCUACGUUUCCAGGGAUGAAAUUUACUGGGGUUAUUGACGGAAUAAUUUCUGGAGGACACUUGUUCACUAUAAGAGUAGGAAAUGGUCAUAGUUUUCAAGGUAAAUCUUUUUUCUCCUCUCAUAUACUUGCACAAAUUGAAGAAGGUUCUAGCGUGAAUGUUCCAUGGGCAAGUCCCACUAAUAAUAAUUUUACUCAAAUGAAUCAUAAUCAAAGUUUGAAUCAAGAGAAGGAGAAGGAUCAUCUCAAAAACAUAUUGAAUCAAGAAUCAUGUAGAAGUUUUGGCAUAAACAAAAAUUCUUUUGAAUUUGAAAUAGAUGAUGAAUUACAUUCCGAUUACUCAUACAUUGAGAUGCCGCCUUCACCUGAACCUCAUGUGUCUGAUCCUUUACUAGUCACAAAUAAAUUUGUGCCUGUAGUGCUUAAACAAGUUAAUCCAUUAAUUAGGGUGCCAAUUGAUCAAACAAAAUCUCCCGAUAAAGGAAAAAACAGAACUAAAUAUUAUCAUACUCCAAAUCCAAAAAAUUAUAGAAUAGGCAUAGGUCCUUUUUUAUCAAGGAAAUUUCCAUCUCCAGCCAUCAGUAUAAGUCCACCUUGUGAUGGUGUACGGAAAAAAAAUUUCUCUAAUAAAAUUUUAGUCGUUAAACAAUAUGCAAGACUCUCUCAGUCAGGUUCAUCAUCGCUUAAUCGAAGCACAAGCCAACAUGCGUUGCUCAAGAAUAAUGAAAAGAUUGUGCAAUGCCAAUCGACUGACAUAAGAAAAAGAAAUGUCUCAACUAAAAUUUUAGUCACAGAACAAUAUGUCAAACUCUCUCAGCCAGGUGAGAAGGGUUCUAGCAUUGAGCAACAAGGAAAUACAUUUUUUAUUGACUCGGAGGAAGAAAAUGACGACGAUGACGAUACUUAA